AUGUCCAACGUCUCCGCCGACCUUAUCUGGGAGAUUUCCCGCUCCUCCAACUCGUACCUCGUCAAGACGAGGACGGGUCAGUUCUCGCGGGAUCCCCUCAACCUCACGAACCUGCACUCGCGCAAGUUCGCCGGUUUCGCCAAUGACAAGGCUCUCGGCAUCUCCGCCAACGAGAAGGGCGGCGUUCAGGUGAUCAGCAAGAAGGCCGCCUCGGCCAACAAGCCCGCCUCGGGCGUGCACACCGUCACCUACGGCGGCAACAAGACGUCCCGCAAGACCUACCGCGCCGUUGCCAACCAGGCCGCCAAGAACGGAUACCGUGCCGACCUCCGCGCCGCCGCCGUCUCGCGCGCCAGCGCCAUCCGCCGGUCCCAGCGGGCCGUCAAGCCCGAGCCGGAGCAGAAGCUGAGGGGCAACGCCGCCAAGAAGGCUGCCGCUGCUAAGCAGUAG